UGGAGCUGCCUCUGAGCGCGCCGAGUCGGCGUUAGAAGGUUUUGUCGUUGUUGCUUCAGACCGGCUGAAGCCCUGCCAAGCGGACGCCCAUGCGAUAGAAUCGCGCCUGCCUUUUGGCUCGACGGGAAAGCAUCUCCUCCUCCCGGCAAGCGCCUCCGACGCAAAUGGACCCUCAGCUGCAGGAGGGAACACGUGUGUGGCUGCAGGAACUGGAUUAUAUGCGGCCCUGCACUCUUGGAUCCUGUGCUAAUGGCUCCAUGCUCUUCACUUCAGACUACGGUGAGGUGUUCUGCUAUCCCUGGGCCUCUCUGCCCAAAGAAAAAAUCCUGCCAAUGCAUCAGUCAAGUGUAGAAGGUGUGGAGGACAUGUCCCUGCUAGGAGACCUGCAUGAGGCUGCCAUCUUGCUCAAUCUGCACCAGCGCUACAAGCAGAACCACAUCUAUACAAGCAUCGGUUCUAUCUUGGUUUCUGUGAAUCCCUACAAACCUAUUGCUGGGCUGUACGAUGCAUCCGCCAUUGACUUGUAUCGACAGCACUGCCUGGGGGAGCUGCCCCCUCACAUCUUUGCCACCGCCAGUGAGUGCUACAGCUGCCUCUGGAGGCGUCAUGACAGCCAAUGCAUUCUGAUCAGCGGAGAAAGUGGAGCAGGAAAGACAGAGAGUACCAAGUUGCUGCUAAAGUUUCUGUCAGCCAUGAGCCAGUUCUCGUUGGGUAGCUCUGCUUUGGAGAAGACAACCCAUGUGGAGGAAGCUAUCCUGGAGAGCAGCCCAGUCCUGGAAGCUUUUGGAAAUGCCAAGACAGUCUAUAACAACAAUUCUAGCCGCUUUGGCAAAUUCAUCCAGCUACAUUUUUCCCAGCACGGACAUAUCCAGGGAGGGAGGGUCACAGACUAUUUAUUGGAAAAGAACAGAGUGGUUCACCAGAACCCAGGAGAACGUAAUUAUCAUAUCUUCUAUGCAUUAUUAGCUGGUGUCAGCGGGGAACAAAGAGAAGGUCUCCAUUUGCUGGAACCCAAGAACUAUCGAUACCUCAGCCAGUCUGGCUGUAUAAUCAAUGAGGACCUGGAUGACCGAGACAUGUUCAGCAAGGUUAUGACUGCUUUUGAAGUUAUGGGAUUCAGUUCCGAAGAGAUCAGAGACAUCUUCAAACUUAUAUCUGGCAUUCUACAACUUGGAAACAUUGAGUUCAUGACUGCUGGAGGAGCUCAGAUUACCACGAAAACGGUGCUGCAUAACGUCAGUGAACUGCUUGGCUUGGACACCUUCCAGCUGUCUGAAGUACUUACUCAAAGAUCCAUGUUUCUACGUGGGGAAGAAAUUAGCUCUCCCCUCACUGUGGAACAGGCUACUGACUCCAGAGACUCUCUUGCCAUGGCCCUUUAUUCACAGUGCUUCUCGUGGAUCAUUGGAAAAAUUAACUCAAAGAUCAAAGGGAAAGAAAAUUUUAAAUCUGUGGGAAUCUUGGAUAUCUUUGGUUUUGAGAAUUUCCAGGUAAAUCGUUUUGAACAGUUUAACAUUAACUAUGCAAAUGAGAAGCUCCAAGAGUACUUCAACAAGCAUAUCUUCUCCCUGGAGCAGCUUGAGUACAACAGAGAGGGAAUAAUCUGGGAAGCCAUUGAUUGGAUGGAUAAUGCAGAAUGCUUAGAUCUUAUUGAGAAGAAACUUGGCUUGCUGGCAUUAGUUAAUGAGGAGAGUAGAUUCCCCAAAGGCACAGACAGCACCCUCUUGGAAAAACUGCACAACCAGCAUGGGAACAACCAAUAUUACAUGAAGCCUCGAGUGACAGAUUUCCAUUUCGGGAUCCAACAUUAUGCUGGAGAAGUCCUCUAUGAUGUGAGAGGCUUUCUGGAAAAAAACAGAGAUACCUUUCGAGAUGACAUUUUAAACAUGCUGAAGGAUAGCAGGCUGGAUUUCAUCUAUGACCUCUUUGAAAGAGUUUCUAGCUGCAACAGUGAAGACACUCUGAAGUUGGGAACUCAGAGACGCAGACCAACUGUCAGCUCCCAGUUUAGGGACUCCUUACAUUCCUUAAUGGCUACUCUCAGCACUUGCAACCCACUCUUCAUUCGCUGCAUCAAACCAAACCUGGAAAAGGCUCCAAAUCUCUUCAGUCCAGAUGUUGUGCUGAAACAGCUGCGAUACUCAGGGAUGCUGGAGACAGUGAAGGUUCGGAGAGCUGGCUUUCCCGUGCGGCGUCUUUGUCAAGAUUUCCUCUGCAGAUACAAAAUGCUUUUGAAGAAUUGGAGCAACCCAGACAGUGCAAAAACCACAUGUGCAAACUUUUUGCAGAUGUAUGACAACACACAGAGAGAAUGGAAGCUGGGGAAAACCAAGGUUUUCCUGAAGGAGGUUCUGGAACAAAAGCUGGAAAAGGCCCGGGAAGAAGAGCUGAAGAAGGCGGCCACCAUCAUCCGAGCCCACGUCCUGGGCUACAUGGCAAGGAAGAACUAUCGAAGAGUGCUAGCCAGUGUUGUGACCAUCCAAAAAAAUUACCGUGCUCACUUCUGGAAGAAGUCUCUCUUAUGCCUGAAAGCCUCUGCCGUUGUCCUGCAAAAGCACUGGCGUGGGCACCUAGCUCGCAGACUCUAUCAAGACCUGCUGGAAGAAAAGCAGAGGCAGAAAGAGGAAGCUGAGGAGCAGAGGCAAGAAGAAGAGAGGAUUAGAAGGGAGGAAGAAGAAAGGCAAUGGCAAGAAGAGAGGGAGCGUAGGAGGAAGCAAGAAGAGAAGGAAAAGAAAAGGAAAAAGGAGCAGUUGGAAGCAGCACUGCAGAUAGCUCAGAUGGAGGUACUAAAAACCCAGAAGGAGAACCAUCCACUGCAGGAAGAGGAACAGCGUCAAAUGGAGGAGAUUCUGCGGUUGGAAAGGGAAAUUGAGAAGCUGCACUGGCAACAGAAAGCAGAUCAUGUGUCCAUUACGUGUGAGAAUACCAAGAAUGAGAUGAAGCGGCAACGGGAAGAAGAAAUACAGAGGCUGGAGAAAGAAGCAUCUAGGGUUGCACAGGAGUUCUUAGAACUUUUAGAUUUUGGGAACCUGGACGAAAGUGUGCAAAACCUGGAACGCUCCCUGUCCAAUGAAGGAACUCUCAAUAUUGAAUGCAGCCUUGUUGCUCCACUAGCUGAGGAAGAAGAAGAUGAAGGUUUUCCUGCUGAUGAAGAAGGGCCACCAGUCCCCAGCCCAAGUCUGUUGAACCAGGACAGUAGCACCAGGACCAGUGAUAACUAUUAUUCGGAGGAAGACACAUCUCCAAAUAUGCCAGUGUCUGGGGAGGAAGAGAACAGAGAAGGCGAUGCUCUGCUUCCUUCUACUGAGAGAGCUGGAAGCCCUGAGACAGAACAUCUGAAAAGCAUAUACUGGAUAGGCUCAGAAGUAAUGCAGAAUGACACAUUGGAGGUGGAAGAUCCAAUUUACAGCUUGCCUCCAGAUGUGGAAUCAGAUUAUGACCAUGAGGAAUAUGAUGGCAUUGUAGAUAUCAGCAGCACAUCAAUUGAACCACUGAACAGGGAGGAAGGCCUGCACAAUUCUCAUAGCAAUGGUGUGGAUUCCAAUCGUGGAAGCUUGGACUCGUUUCUAGAUACCAAAGAUGAUGAAGAAGGGGAUACUUAUAUGGACACAGAUGAAGAAUUCUGUAGCGGCCGGGUUACUCUGUUCAAUGGAUCUGGGCCCGCAUAUUUUCACAGCUAUCUCUACAUGAAGGGAGGGUUGAUGAAUCCCUGGAGGCGGCGUUGGUGUGUCCUAAAAAACGAGGCCUUUAUGUGGUUCCGAGCCAAACAGGAGGCCUUAAAGUCAGGCUGGCUUUAUAAGAAAGGAGGAGGCAUGUCCACGUUAUCUCGUCGGAAUUGGAAACGGCGCUGGUUUGUCCUGAGAGAAGCCAAACUGAUGUAUUUUGAGAAUGACAGUGAAGAAAAGCUGAAAGGAACCAUUGAUAUCAGGAAAGCAAAGGAAAUUGUGGAUAUUCAUGAGAAAGAGAAUGCCCUUGAUAUUGUGACAGGUGAUCGGGUUUACCACAUAGUGGCGGAGUCACCAGAGGAUGCCAGUGACUGGUUUAAUGUCCUAAGUCAUGUGCAUAGUGCAACAGAGCAACAGCUGAGAGAAAUGCAAGAUGAACAAGCCAAUCCAAAGAAUGCGGUGGGAACCCUUGAUGUUGGGCUUAUUGAUUCUGUCUGUGCAUCUGAUAAUCCUGACAGGCCAAAUUCCUUUGUGAUCAUCACGGCAAAUAGAGUCAUUCAUUGCAACAGUGACAUCCCUGAAGAGAUGCACCACUGGAUCUCUCUCCUACAGAAGCCCAAAGGCGAAUCCAGGGUUGACGGACAGGAGUUUAUUGUGAGAGGGUGGCUACAUAAGGAGGUCCAGAGCAACAGCAAGACGUUGUCCCUGAAGCUGAAGAAACGCUGGUUUGUACUGACCAGCACUGCCCUUGACUAUUACAAGUCUUCAGAACGCACCGCAACCAAGCUUGGGACCCUUGUUCUCAAUAGCCUCUGCUCAGUGAUUCAGCCUGAUGAAAGAAUCUUCAAAGAAACUGCAGGUUACUGGAACAUCACUGUGCAUGGCAGAAAGCAUUCAUACCACCUCUACACAAAGUUGUUGAAUGAAGCCAUGCGCUGGGCCUCUGCCAUCCAAGGAGUCAUUGACAGCAAAGUUCCCAUUGAAACACCCACACAGCAACUUAUUUGUGACAUUAAGGAAAAUAAUACAAAUUCUGAAGUGGUAGAACAGAUCUACCGAAGGAAUCCCAUCCUGAGAUACACCCAGCAUCCCUUGCACUCACCGCUGCUGCCACUGCCUUAUGGAGAUGUUGGGAUCAACAUGCAGCAGGAGAAGGGCUACAGCAGUCUUCAGGAUGAAGCCAUGAAGAUCUUCAACUCCCUUCAGGAAAUUGAGUCAGUGUCUGACCCUAUCCCCAUUAUCCAGGGCAUCCUUCAGACUUGCCACGAUCUCAGGGGCCUCCGCGAUGAAGUCUAUUGUCAGCUGAUCAAGCAAACCAAUCAUGUGCCACAGCCCAACAGCCCUGGUAAUCUUCAUCACUGGCAGCUCAUGACCUGCAUGAGCUGUACCUUCCUCCCCAGCAGGGGAAUCCUGCGUUACCUCAAGUUUCACCUCAGAAGAGUAAAAGAUCUCUUUCUGGGCACGGAAGUAGACCGGUAUUCUCAGUUCAUCACCGAUUCACUGAAGAGAACUAAGAGCAGAGAAUUUGUCCCCUCCCAGGAGGAAAUACAAGCACUUAUCGCUCGGCAGGAAAUGACCACGACUGUUUAUUGCCACGGAGGAGGUUCCUGUCAGAUCACUAUCAAUUCUCACACCAGUGCAGGGGAGGUCGUAGAGAAGCUGAUCCGGGGGCUGGCCAUGGAAGACAGUCGGAAUAUGUUUGCCCUCUUUGAGCGCAAUAAGCAUGUAGAUAAAGCCAUUGAGAGCCGGGUGAUUGUAGCAGACGUUUUGGCCAAGUUUGAGAGACUUGCUGGAUCCAUGGAAGAGGAUGUGGAUGGCCACUGGCAGCUGUAUUUUAAACUGUAUUGUUUUCUUGAUAUUGAAAAUGUUCCCAAGGAGGGAGUGGAAUUUGCCUUUAUGUUUGAGCAGGCUCAUGAAAGUCUCAUUGAUGGCCAUUUCCCUGGCCCAGAGGAGACCCUGCAACAUUUGGCAUCGCUGAGACUGCAGUAUCUUUACGGGGACUAUUCCAAAAUCUCCUGGUCCCUCGAUAACGUCUAUCCAGUGAACCGGCUGAAGUCAAAAAUUCUGCAGUCAAUGAAAAGUAGCGGUUCCAGCAGCCAGGUUCUGGAGAGAAGGCGGACUAGCUUCCUGGAGGGCACUCUGAAGCGUGGCUUCAAGGCAGGCUCGGUGAAGAAGCAAAAAGUGGAAGAGGAACAGAUGGCAGAGAUGUGGGUGAAAGAAGAACUCUCAGCAACUCGGGCCAGCAUAACAGAAAAGUGGAACAAGCUGCAGGGGUUGCUACAGCAACAGGCCAUGGUGGCUUACAUGGCAGUCAUGAAGGAAUGGUCAGGUUAUGGCUCCACUCUCUUUGACGUUGAGUGCAAAGAAGGGGGCUUUCCAAAUGACCUUUGGCUCAGUGUCAAUACAGAGAAUGUGUCACUGUACAAACGGGGGGAGCCAAAGCCUCUGGAAACUUUCCAGUAUGAGCAGAUUAUCUUCUUUGGAGCUCCCCAGCCCAACACCUUCAAGCUAACUGUGGAUGAAAGAGAGAUGUACUUUGAAACCCCCCAGGUGGGAGAAAUAAUUAAAAUCAUGAAGGCUUACAUCAACAUGAUUGUGAAGAAAUGCUGUAGCAUCAGAUCAGCCACCAGCUUGGACAGUCAUGCGAGUAUCUGGAUGAGGUGAUUGGAUUUGCAGAGUUAAUUAUGCUGCUUAGAAGGACGUGUGCUAUGACUCAGCCAAAUUUGUAGCAGAUUCAUUUUGUAAGAAAACAUUACUCCAUAAUUCUCCUUCCAGCAUCUUGCCUGACAGAACAUCCAGAUCUUUCAAAAUUAAAAUCAGAACCUCACAGGCCAGAUCCUGAAGCAGUUUUACGUGAAUUUUCCCUGAGCCCACUCUUAUGGGUCAGAUCUUACUGCAAGGAUAAAGCAAGAGCCAUCUUUGCUUGAAAGAUCAUGGGAAAACCUUUUCUGCAAUAAAAGCAGCAGGAGAGUUGCUAAGCUAGUAUCAGCAAGAAUUCCACAUCUGAAAGAGAUUGUAAGCUCUUCAUUGGGUGUGUGAUUUCUCAGGAAUGAGCUGCUACAUCUCAACAGACUUCCUCUUUCCAAGACUUACUAUCACCAGUGGCUUCAAGCAACAAUUUCAGCUUCCAAAUCAAUUUUCAGUACUACGUCCAUAGGUUUGGGACUCCUGCUACAUGGGAGAUCAGCUGUCACAAGGCUGCAUAAAUGUAAAGACAUGGCACUGUUCCUUCUUGAAGUCCUUCAUAACUUUUCAUGCUGCAUGCUUGGGGAAGUGCCACUUAGUAGAAAAACAUUUAUCUGGUUCAUUCAGAGGAUAAAGUCAAAGUUUAUAUUCACUUGUAUGCUGCAGUUUUCUUUCUUCCUUGGCAAGGAGUUUAGACUUUGCAGUAUUUUUUUUUAAUCUUUUGUUUUUCUGCACUGCCAUCAUAUAUAAGCAAUGGGAAAAAUUGGUGGCAAGAUGGAUAGAAAGAUUUCUUCUCUAAUCUUAGCCUGAUGAGUGCGUUCUCCUCUGUUCCGAUGCAUCCUAGAUAUGUUGAUGAAAUCGUAACUGAAUACAACUGAAGGGUGCCAGGCUGGACAAAGAUAUUCUGAGCCUAAGACUAAAUGUGAUUUGUGUAGAAAAUAACACAUUGGCUCACUUGCACUGAAAAUAUUUUUGAAAACCCUUAAAGAAAAUACUGCGAUAAAAUACUCCGAAUUCCUUACUAAGAAAAAAGAGGCUCUGAACCCUUAAUACUGUUUGUGCAAAAUAAACAGGUUUAUCCAAGAAAUGGAAGAAAUUAGGGACAUGAUGAAGCUCCUGUCUCAAAGUAUGAAAAUCUGGCUCUCUCGGUGUUGUCCAGAGGCUUUAGAUGAGGACUCCCCCCGCCCCUUUCUACCAGCUAUGGCAGCUGGGACUAAAGAAGAAUCAAAAUAUCUGAGAGCACAAUGUUCCCAGUGUAAGUAUUAUUUCACAAUUUAUAAUUGAGACAUCCAGGCUCUUGAAUUGGGUGCUCCUGCCCAAUCCUGAAUUUAUAUUAUUUUCAGUCAUAGUACAAAUGUUUGCCACUACUAAGCAACAUCUCCCAGACUGGGCCGCCUCCUGAUGUGUGAACUUCAGCUCUUGGGAGUUCCCCAGGCUGAGGAAUGCUGAACUAGAGAUGUCUAUCACCUUCUGGAAGUUUUUCAUGCUUUGUGUUUAGGGAAAUGCCACUUAACAGAAAAAAAAAAAAAACACUUAUCUGGUUUAUUCAGAGGAUAAGGUUACAUUUUAUAUCCAGCUCUGUGCUGCAGAAUGUCCAGCCCUCCCAGAACCCAAAGAAAACGGACCUCCGCAAAGGAUUUUCCAAGCAGUGACCUUCCAUUCCCUCCUGUGUGUCUGGGACUGCAAAUGAGGAUCGUGACUAGAUGAACAAAAUCUCUAGGUCUCGAUGACUACAACUGCCAUCUUUUCAUUCUCUGCCACAAUGGAGGAACAAUUAGAGACACCCCCAAAUAUUUGGUGCACGUAAUGUGAUUACAUAGGUCAGGCUGGGAUCUAAACAUCACAAUUCACCUCUCUAUAGAUACUGCCUUAAUAUGUCAGGCUGAGUCCCAUUCAGUUGCCCUCUCUUGCCUCUUUUCAGUUUCUGAAAGUGGAAACGAGGAGACUGGUAGAAGCGACACGUGACCUUAUUUUUUCAUUCAGUACGUUCUCUAGGUCGGACAGGCUUCCUCUCAGCCAAGUGCCCCCCCCCCCCAUGGAUCAAAAAUUUCAGUCACUGCAGCUGGCAUGUUAUAUAUUGGAGCGUGCCAAUUAGUUUUCAUACAUGGAGGACACUACUUGGAGGAAGCCUGGACUUCAAUCUCUAUAAUAUAUUCCUCAGCUCCCUUGAACCCGCAAUACCACUAUACUGAUACAGUAUAUCCUGGCUCACGGGUUGCUGCAGGCAGCUAAAACCCAAUUGGGAAUGUAACGGACAUUAAUUGUAUUGCAGAUUUAUUUCUGCACUUCUUUUAAUUUGUAACUGGCUUUACAAAAUGGAGGUUUAAUAAAUUAUUGAUUGCGUAAUUGUUUUCCUUUGGGUUUUUUUUUUGUUUGUUUGCAGACUUGGUUUGAAGCAAUGAAAUACCUCAUUUCUUGUGAUUUUUUUCCUCCAUAUAACCAACAUUGCUUCUUCGCACACUUAAGAUACUCCAAAACAUUUAUGACAGCUAAUUCUAAUUCGAUAGGAAAAAAUGCUUUGGGAUCAGGAUUUGAUAUGAGGAUAUUAAAGAAGCUCUCCCUGGGCCAUGUUUUGAUAAUUUUAAAAAAAAAUCACUUCCUAGGAAGCAGAAUUUGCACUUGCUUUCUUAAAAUGUUAUAUUUAUGUUGAUUUCCCAUAUGACUUGCUAAACCCUAUCUAAACUCCUGAACAGAUCAGCCUUAUGUGAUCCGGCUUCAUCCAAUUAAACUGGUCUAUGAUUUCUAGUUCAUUUUUUUAAAAUACCUUUUCGUAAGUUCUUAGACCAUUAUGCUCUUCUCAAUGUCAGCUCAAAGCAAAAUAGAUAAAACGCCAGGCCCUAAGAUGAGCAAAAUUUCAAACUUCUAUUUCCACUAACACUUUUCGUACAGAACUCUAAACUGUAAUCUGUUAAACCAUAGUAAUGAAGGCAAGGCUGCAAGAACAAUGAGAUACGUGUACCUCAUGAUUUUUUUUUUACACCUCCUUUGCUCUCAUUCUGACCCUGGAGACAUGGGCCGGGCUAAACUGAAAAGGGAACAAGUUCACAAGCCAUACAAGGCACAAGAAAAUGCACUGUGCAAUAUAGAUGUAUAGAUAGCCCUGUAUUAGACUUCUAAUUUGGUUGCUUCUCAUUUUCCCUGAAAGACAGCUGUUGAUUCAGGGAUGUGCAGGCAGAAAGAUAGGCCUGUGGAAGAGAAAAGUGCCUUUGCUAAUGGCAACACUAUCAAGCAAGACAAAUUAGUUUAUUAAGGGGAAAGCUGUAACAUCCUAUUAAAGCCACACCUUAAAGAAGCCACACAGAUAAUAUCCCGAGCAAAAAAUAUUCUUUAAUUCGAACUGUUACAUGUUGCCUUCUGCCAGCAUGUGGAAGCUUUGCAUCACAAAACACUUUAGUAAUGGGUUCUCAUUUCCAUUACUGGGCAUCCUUAUGGUGCUGAAGAUGCAUCCAUAAAUUUCACCAUCAUUGUCAUUACCAGGCAACUCUGGUUUAGAAGCCAUCAAAGCAUAUUUUUAGUCUAUAAGAGCUCACAAAAAAAGGCACAGCAAAUAGCAGCCAAGAACUAACAUCUGGAGAGCAGCUCUAGCUAUACAAAUGCACAGCUUUACCAACAUUUGGGACGUACACAGGGAAACCAGGUGUAUUUUCUUCCAAGGAGUCAUGGAUUGGAUUGAGAUUAAUUUAUUUGAACUCGGGGAGUCCCUUGAAAUAAAAAGUAAAUCAUGAAAUCCCCUGCAAUUUAGUGAGAGAAAUAUACAUAGACUAGAUCUAAUUCAUGGCCCUUAAAAGACGACAAACAAUUUUAGAAGUAAAAUUAGUGAACGGCCAGCUACAGGUCUAUAGCAAAUCUGGAGAGGUUCACAGGCAACUUUGGCAAUAGAAAUUUUGAGGAGGCAGGAUGGAAGGAAACAUCCCUGUCCUGUCCCCAGUAGGAAACAAUUCUCAGUCUCAUCCAUCACAGGAAAGAAAAAAAAAAAA